AGAAGUAAUGAUAUUGGUUAUGGGCUGAGAACGUUGAGUGUUUCUGGGGAGCGGAAGUCUUGGUCCCUGGCUGCAGCAGCACCACCAGUGUAAACAAACACAAUGGCGGAAGGUCUGGGACAGAGCCUGCACACCUAUAAAGUCCAAUUAGAACAGGUUGAGGCAGCCUUGACCUCAGAUCCAACAAAUGCCGAACUGGUCAAACUCAAGAGAGAUCUUUUGGAGGUCAUCACUCUCACAGAGAACUUGAUUGAAACACAAGGAAGUUCCUCAACAGCAGCUGCAGGUGUUACCAGUGAGGGGAGCAGCAAAGAGUCUGGAGCUGUGAGAGCAUGGAAGGUUGGAGACAAGUGCAUGGCGGUGUGGUCCGAAGAUUCACAGUGGUAUGAUGCAGUAAUUGAUGCCAUAACAGAUGAUGGCCUGGUGGCAAUAACCUUCGAUGGCUUUGGAAACUCUGAUGUAACCAACUUGUCUGCGCUGAAGGAACGCAUCCCAAAUGAGAAGAAAGGUUUGCACCGGCCAGGCUUUGGGGAUUCUGACAAAAAUAAGAGGAAGGUGGUAGAAGCACAGCGUCAGCAAGCCAAGAAAAGGAAACAACGUAAGCAUGACAGACAAAAGCAGAUAGAAGAAGCUCAUGAAGCAGACAAGGCCAAGUGGCUGGCUUUCUCAACCAAAGUUAGAUGUACAAAGAAGCUGAAAGGUGUCACAAAGAAGUCUAUAUUUGCCACACCUGAUGCUGCCAAUGGGAGAGUGGGCAUUGGCACGUGUGGCAUUGGAGGGAAGCCCAUGACCGAGUACACUCAUGCUGAAAAAUGGCGGAAAGGAACAUAAAAGACUAAUAUUUUGAGUCCAUAUGACACAUAAGUAUUAGCUGCGUUCAAUUUUAUUUUCGUAUUUUUGUGAAGGAUAUUAUGUUUAAAUAGACAUCAUUAAGUUUGUUCACUUAAAAUAUUUUUGAAACAUAACUACCUAUUUAUCCAUUUAUAUAAAUUUGUAUCUGAACUUACAGAUUUGUAUUUUGUAUGUAUAAGGGUGUCAGGUGAAUUAGGAAGACUGCUCAAGCUGUUGUUACACAGAAAGCAUUUCCUUCAACACAAUUUUGGUGGAGAAGUCCUUGUCAAAAGAAAAUUAUCCAUUGAAAACAAGUUUGCCAAAAUAUAAUGUAAUGGAGGUGGCAUUACCAAGGCCUUUACUGCAACACCUCCACUGAGCUGGGGUUUGGGGAAAUUCCUCUUCAGAAUUUCUUGCAACCAAGAUGUGUGAGAGAUGUGUGAGAGAAACACCACAAAGGACCAGCAGUUUCAAGAAGGCUGUGCUCCCUGUGUAAUACUGGUCUUACAGGUCCCUGACUCAUGCAGGUACAGGUUCUGGAAAUGUGGUGGAACCUGGGCUAGGGAUGCUCUUCUUUCCUCCAAACAUCUGAAAGUCUCUCUCUCUCUCUCUCUCUCUCUCUCUCUCUCUCUCUCUCUCUCUCUCUCUCUCUCUCUCUCUCUCUCUCUCUCUCUCUCUCUCUCUCUCUCUCUCUCUCUCUCUCUCUCUCUCUCUCUCUCUCUCUCUCUCUCUCUCUCUCUCUCUCUCUCUCUCUCUCUCUCUCUCUCUCUCUCUCUCUCUCUCUCUCUCUCUCAUAAAUUGUUUCAGCUUUUCAUAACUCUAAUUCCUUUUGACUGUUGGCCAAAUAUUCUUCAUGUAUAGAGUUGUGGAUUCCUUUAUUUCACGUCAUUGAGGUUAAAAGUUUGUACAGUACUUGACAUAACGAGCAAAAAUCUCACACAGACUUACUGAAUGGCGGAAGGUUUUACUUUCUUAUGUUUCUUACUCCUCAUUGUACUUUCAUGGUAAGGGUGUAUGUUUGAUAUGUACAUACUGUGAAUUCAGUUGUCAUAACUGAGAGCAUUUGAUACAUUAGUAAUUUUUUUCAGAGUAAUGCAUAAUUUUGUUUAAGCAAUUUGUGAGGAUGGUCAUAAGUAUGGAGUGUAGCUAGUUACCAAGAACCUGUUAGAAAUCUCGGUAUGAGAUAUUCUUGUUUCUUUAAUAGGUGUGUGGCUGCUCCAGAUGUGGUUCAUGAUUGGCAUUUGCCAUCAUCAGUUCUUGGUAUAUGGGAAUAUGUGGGAAGAUUUACUAAUGUAUCAAGUAUUGUACAAAUAGAUGUUUUGAUGUACUUUCUAGUAACUGCAUUUGAUCUAUCCCAAGAAUAAAAAUUGAGUUCUUAA